GGAGGCGCUGCGGCGGCUGUGACGUCACUCACCCGCCGGCCUGACAGACUCUGACAGACUCUCGCGCGGACGGACGGACGGCGGAUAAAAGUCUCAAUAUAUCGGGAAUAACAGCCGCGAACUCCAGCUACAUUAUUUCACUUCCUCUAGGAGUGAUGGAGACGGAUUAAGCUCAUAUUUAGAUGUUGUAAAGUGUGUCGUUAAGCGCUCGGAUGUUCGGGAAUGUCAGGAAUAAACUUCCUGUUGAGCUUUAGCCGCCCGGAGCUUCACUGAAGAAGGUGUGAAGUUGAUGGAGUUUUGAGGAGCUGUUUGAAGAUGAGCGUGACGUCGUGGUUCCUGGUGAGCAGCUCCGGCACACGCCACCGUUUGCCCCGUGAGAUGAUCUUUGUGGGCAGAGAGGAUUGUGAACUGAUGCUACAGUCUCGCAGUGUGGACAAACAACACGCUGUGAUCAACUAUGACACGUCUACGGACGAGCACCUGGUCAAAGACUUGGGCAGCCUCAACGGGACCUUCGUGAAUGACCUUCGCAUCCCUGAUCAGACGUACAUCACCCUGAAGUUAUCAGAUGUCAUUCGCUUCGGAUAUGAUUCACACAUAUACAUCCUGGAGAGGAGCCAACACAAAGUGCCAGAGGAAGCCCUCAAGCAUGAAAAAUACACCAGUCAGCUUCAGCUGGGUCAAGAGACGCCGGAAACCAAGAAGCACAUCCAGACAGAUGAGAAACGCCGAGACUCACCACGUGCUAAAUCCGAAAAAACAGAGCGGAAAAACAUCACCGAUCCGCCCGUGUCCAGACCCACGCCUCUAUACGGCCAGCCGUCCUGGUGGGGUGAAGAUGACGAAGAAAAAGGUCAGCGUUGUGAUCCGAGCGCUCAUGAACAUCAUACAGAAAACCACAAGGAUGGUACCAGAUGUGAGGUCAGCGUUUCUCCAGAUGAACUUCACGAUGGCCAGGGCAAGUCCGGAUACUCUUACCGCAAGGAGCCAAGCUACUUUGAGAUUCCCACAAAGGAGAUCCAUCCAAAGCCUAAAACUUCAUCCCUGGAAGUCCAAGAGAUCCCCACAAAAGACACGGACCACAAACCCCCUUCCACACCCCCAGUGGUACAGGGCCAUGCCUCCUUCACCAUUGAGUUUGAUGACCAAACCCCUGGAAAGAUGAAGAUCAAGGACCACGUCUCAAAGCUCUCCAUCCGCCCGCGCAAGAUCCCCACCAAGGAGUCGAUAGCCAGACUUACAGAGGUCAUGUCGGUGGAGAACAAAGUUGCUGAUUGGUUGGUGCAGAGCGACGCCACUAUGUUGAGGAGUCUAGAUGAGCAGUCUGGGUCAGACAAGAGCUUCAAAGAUACACACCAUCAUGAAGAUGAUGAUUUGGAAGAACCACAAGAAAUGCAAAUGGUUCAGUCAGUGUCCCACUCUGGGUCACAAAAGAUCGUGCCACAACUGGAGGGAGAAGAUUACCCAAAUAACUACAUGCCAGAUUCAAAGAGCCAAGGCAAACCAGAUCCCCAGCAAGCUUUUAUGGUCGAGUUCUUUGACGACACUCAACGGAAAAGGCGCUCGCAGUCGUUCACCAAUAACAUGUCUUCUCCUGACUUCCAGUCUGCUCUAAAAAACAAGUUAGACAAACGAAAAGUUGGAACAUCGUCAUCCGGACAUAAUCCACCCACACAGCAGUUCACGAUUCCCCUCAAAGGUUCAGAAGGUCCUCAGCGGGCCGUUUCUCUCAGACGGGAGAAGAGCGAAGUCCGUAUGAGCACGUCUGAAUUUAGCUCCCGCUCCGCGUCAAAACCUUUCGGCAGCAUCGGCCGGAGGUCCAAACUGUCGCAGGACUUUGCGGCCGAGUUGCUUAGGGUGUCGAAACCUAGUCCUUCCUCCACAUGGGACCAUAAGACCCCAUCUUCUACAUCUACGACAUACUCUGGCUCCUCUGUGACACAUCAGAGUUUUCCUGCCACUUCUCAUUCACAAAAUCACACCGUGAAUCAGACAGUCAGAUCUCCCUCUGCGCCCAUGGAAGUCAGCAGUACGGAGGCCAAAACUCCACAGCAAGAAGAGGAUGACAGUUUAAGUGAUGCGGGAACCUACACCAUUGAAGCCGAGGGACCAGACAAAGAGGUUGUGGAGGCACGGAGCUUAAUCGAUCAGGUAUUUGGUGUUGGCGACAACAGCCAAACCUCAGCAGCAGCAACAGUUAAGACUAUAGUUGGUGACACUGAUAGUCUUCUGCUCAGUAAGAAUAGCUCAGGCCCAAAACUGGGCCAAUAUCCAACAGACCGUAGUGACACAGUACAGAUACAGUCGAUGACGUCAUUAACACCUGGAAGCACUAGGUGGGUUUCCCGUUGGGCAAGUUUGGCGGACACCUAUUCAGACUCUGGUCCUGCUUCAGGACUGUUUGAUAUCCCAACACAGGUUGAUCUUUCUGCCGGAGCUGGUGAAAGGAUCAUCCACCAAGCUAUGCUUAACCGAAAUGCUGACUACUCGGAAACAGGUCAGAGCAGCAGAUCAAGACGAGUUCUGCCUCAGGUUCCUUUGAAGGAGAAGACUGAGACGCCACCGCCCACGAUACGCAUCCAGCCUGACUCGUACCUGUCAGGUGUGGAGAAGAGUUCGCAAGUUCCGAAGCAAAAGUGGGAUCCACAGAAACUGAGUGUCCAAGAUGAUCUGGAUCCGGACAGCUUGAGUGAUGCCAGCAAGUCCGAUGAUGGCUCUGUGGUUGAGCAGUACAGGACGACUCCUGACACGACGUGGAACCGGUCUCCGAAGACACAACCCAAUCAAGAAGAGACAAAAGACCUGGAUUCACCUCCCAAAUUCUCCACGGCUACUUUAACGCGACAGCAUGGCAGUCUUACCAAGAGCAACUGUUCACCACCAAACACUGAUCACCCAAGCAAGGACGACUCUCUUGGUGUAGACAGCUUAGUGUCCAUCGUCAGACAAGAAAGUUAUACCAAAGAAAGGGCCAGCGACGACAUCCAGUUGUCCAGAUUGCCCCAGAUUUCUAGUCAACCCUUUGGGAAUGAUGCUUUUAAAGGCUUAAGCAAUCAAGACACUCAAUCUUACCUCAAAGACACUGAGGAUGUUCUAGCUUCUCUGGAAGCCAAGCUUCUGGAGCAGCAAGAAAACAACGGUCGCUCCCAUUUGGAGGACUCCUUCUCGGGAGAAUCGGACACUUCCAGUACAAUCAGUGGCAAAAACGCUUCUGUUUCUGUUCCUAAGAAGCCUGUGGUCCUCAGAGGAGUUUUAAGAGGUACCGGUCAGUAUUCCAGAGAACCUAAGACUUCCGAUGAUCCAAAGGACAGUGAUGGCAAGGCAGAUCCAGGCAAACGUUUACAGCUCCGUCGUAACCAUAGUUCUCUCGACUUUGCGUCAGAACAAAGUCCCACCACUCGGCAUUGGCCUGACACCGUCUCCGACCAGGAAUCAAGUUCCCUACCUUACAAGAAGUACACUAUUCCUCUUCAGAAGGAAGGUGCGAGCAAAUCCAAAGGUACGGUACAACAAACUCUAGGUCGCUCCAAUAGCCUUUCCGCUCCAAGAGCAACAAGGGCUUCGGUGCUUCGCCGUGCCCGUUUGGGCGAAGCCUCCGACAACGAAGGCACCGAAACCGAUCGGACGUCUCAGAACUCCGAUGUCAAUCCCUCGACAAACAGUCGGGGUGCUCAGGAGAGCAAGAAGCUCUCUCGAUUGGACAUUUUAGCUUUACCUAGGAAAAGGACGGGCUCCUUCAACACUCCCAGUGACACCGAGUCUUCCACAAGCAGGACGGGCUUUUCAAACCGCAGCACAGAGUCGGGCAGCUCCGUGCGGAAAGCUUCAGUGCCGGAUCCUAGGGCUCUUCUGCGGAAGGUUUCAAACGCCGUGAACAGGCAGCCGAUCAUCCGCGGACGCUCAAGCAGUGCCAAAUACGCCAGCAGUACUGCCAGCUCCAGGAGGCGUCAAAAGGGUUCAGACUACGCCUCCACCUCUGAGGAUGAGUUCGAGACUAACCAUAGCACCCCUAAACACAAACGCUCCCAUCAUUCAGGGGCCCAGCAGAACCCCAGAACCCAUCCAGCAGGUCCGGUGCGAGCCAUACCCCGUUCGAGAGACUCCGAAGGGGAAGGACACGAGAGCGACGCCUUCCAGAACUGGACGUCUCAUAGUGCUGAGAUUGCCAGACAUGCAUUGACUGUACCCAGUGUAGAUGAUGUCGUUGAUUACAGUGGGAAUCAUCAUAGGUGUAGUCCUAGAUUGAGUCAGGACCUGGCCAAAGAUUUGGCUAUUCUGGCCCAAGAGAUUCAUGAUGUUGCUGGAGAUACAGAAGCUCAGAGUGGCUCUACAGACAAGAUGGGACCGGCCAUAUCUGCCCACGAGGAGUUGCGGCACCAGAUUCCUGAAGCCAGUCAGAAUUUCCAGAAAGAAUGUCCAGUUGCAGCGGCGGUUGACGAGUCGGAGCCGACCGUCAGGGGACCGAGUCCGAGAGCAGACGAGGUUACGCUGAACAACGUGAUGCUGAAUCCAGUGUCCCAACUGUCUCUCGCCAUCCGUGAGAACACAGAGCAACUAACUGAGAAAAUCAAGGUUUUGUUUCAUAAUAAGAUGGAUGUUUUGAGUGAAAUUGAGGCCAAAAUCAAUGCGGCUGAUGAUCCUCCACCACUGAAAACAUCAAACAAGGAAAUUGCAUCAAUUCUCAAAGAGCUGAGGAGAGUCCAGAAACAGCUGGAAGUCAUCAACACAAUCAUAGAUCCACGAGGAAACCCUGACCUCAGCAGGACGUUUUCUUCCGCUGGCGUUCGCAGUUCCAGAGCCGCGUCACGAGAUGCGAGAACGUCCCAGCGAGGCGGCGGACCGACGCCGAGCAGCCGCCGCAUGUUCAGAAGCAAAGACAGGGAAAGUUCACUGGUAUGACGACUCUGUCCGUGUCAGUUCACUCAAAGCAUCAUCACUAGUCACUUUGCUAAUGAUUUCAGCACACAAGUCGAAAUCUGCGUAGGUUGUUGUGUAGAAUCAAACCGUUUGGCACAAGCUCCUCAUGAAAACCUCAGGCAUUUGGGAGAAUAUGAAGAUAUGUUUGACGUAUAUUUGCACAUUUAUAUUGCUCCAAACAAACCAAUUUCAACAGCUUGUGGCAUUCAUAACGCAACGAUUGAGAUUUUGGCAUUCAAUGUAAAUACACUGUUAAUGACUUUUCUUUAUCUUUGUUACUUUUUUUUGAUUGUUGUUAUGGAAAUAUAAGGUCAAGUAAUUUACAUGAUUAUUUAAAUCACUGUUUGUCUCUGUUGGACAGGGUAUUUGUCUAUGUUAAAGAUCAUUAAAGAAUUCAAAUGUAA